CCCUUCUCACUCUCCUAAAACUCUCACACGACACGCACUCCAAAAGCAGCAGGAAGACGGACACGAGCGGAGACGAGGAACUCCAGCAACUUUUUUCGCCCCCCAAAACACAAACAUUCCUAAAGAUGCUGGAAUUUCUCGUUAAACGGACGCUCGAGGUAUGAGAGGGAAGUGAUCUGAGUUUUUGGUAAAUCGCGGGAGGCAGGGCGCGCGUUUCUCCGCCGCAUGGUGCGUUCGGCUGACUGACCGCUCCAGCGUUCGGUUCUGACGUCCCCGGGUGUGUGCACAGGGCAGUGAAGGAUGCCACGAUGCGCUGUCUGAUCUCCCAUCUGCUUGUCAUCUGGCUGAGCGUGCACAGGCUGGCGUGGUGCACGGAGCGCUCCUCCACGCGGGAGCGCUUCAAGGUGGUCAUCGCGCCUCUCAUCUGCAAGCGGAUCUGCCUGCAGGGUCAGUGUCAGGAUACCUGUGAGCAAGGCAACAACACCACGCUGAUCGCCGAGAACGGCCAGGCGGCCGACACGCUGAUCGGACAGGGUUUCAGGGUCGUUGUGUGCCCCCUGACAUGUUUGAAUGGAGGAGUCUGCAGCUCGAGGAAGCACUGCCUGUGCCCGCCCGGCUUCACCGGUCGGCAGUGCCAGUUUCCACUCCAGCAGACGCAGCAAGCUCAGGCAGCACGAGGCAACAGACAGCCUGUCUACCCCAUAUCUUUGAAGCCAGACGGAGAGCAAUCAAGCGUAGGGCAUACCCAGCUCAUACAGACACAAUCAUUGUUUUCCCUACCCUUACCACAAGGCGGGCACCACUCAUCAGAAGUGCAGUUUGAUGUACGCGUUCAUCACACACCAGACACAUCUGUAGUCAUUCAUCCUCUCGAUCAAUCGGAGAUCAAGCCCUCUCACAAAACAGAGACACGGUUUAUUUCAACGAGACAUAAACCCAAGGGCCGGUGCUUCCAGGAGACUACGCCAAAGCAAGCUUGCAACAGCACCCCGCUCCCUGUUCUAACCAAUCAGGAGGAUUGCUGUGGCAGCGUGGGUAACUCAUGGGGACAAAACAAGUGCUAUCAGUGUCCUAAACUGCCAAAUGCAUCAGUCAAGCAGACAAUCGUGGAGGACUAUGGCUCUACCUGUCCACAGGGCUAUAAACGAUUUAACAGCACUCACUGUCACGAUAUCAAUGAGUGCUCCAUGCAGGGCAUCUGUCAGAAUGGACUCUGUCUCAACACGCUGGGCAGCUUCACGUGUUCCUGUAAAGCCGGAUUUGUGCUGGAGAGGAAUAGAUGCGUUGAGUCUGAGCAGGCUCAGUGUUUCCUGAUGGCGUCUGAGGCCAGAGGGUGUGAGCACGCCCUGUCCACCCACCUCACCCAGGAGAUGUGCUGCUGCACCGUGGGCAAAGCCUGGGGCCAAAACUGUGAAAGGUGUCCUCAGGUUGGCACAGCGGCUUUCAGUAAGAUCUGUCCUGCUGGUAUAGGCUACAUUCUCCAAAAUGUCAGAGAAAUUGUGACCUUCCCUCCCUUCCUUCCACGCAAGCCUGACAAACCACACCAGGCAGAAACCAAGAGACCGGAGAGGCCGCCAGAGACGACGGCUGUGCACCAGGCUUAUGUCAUCACCGACGGUCCUCGAGUGCCUGUUGUUAAACCCACCCCUCCGGUAGUCAUCAGAGUGCCCCCAGGCAAUGACCCCUUGGAAAUACAGACUAAAGUCCCAAUAGAGACAGAUAAAUGCAGACAAAGCCGGAACAUUUGCGGCCGUGGAGAGUGUGAAAAUAUCCUGAACGGCCACAUCUGUCACUGUUUCUCUGGUUACCAUCUCAACCCACAGAAGAACAUGUGUGAGGAUGACAAUGAAUGUGAGUCAGACCCGUGUGCCUACGGCAGAGGCAUUUGCAUCAACACAGAAGGAUCCUACCAAUGCCUGUGUCGUCAAGGCUAUAAACACUUGGUGCAGCAUGGAAGGCUCAAAUGUGUAGAUAUGAACGAGUGCUCUAAGCAAGACAUCUGCGGUGUAGGAGGUCAGUGUGUGAACCUGCCUGGCUCUUAUAAAUGUGAAUGUCACACCGGCUUCAGGAGCAAGUUAUAUCGUAAUCCAGCCUGUGAAGACAUAAAUGAGUGCUUGAAUCCUGAAACAUGCCCCAAUGAGCAAUGUGAAAACACACUAGGCUCCUAUGAGUGUGUUCCUUGCUUGCCUGGUCAUGAGGCCCGUUCUGGCAUCUGCUACGACAUCAAUGAGUGUCAGAAGCCUGGUGUGUGUCCUAAUGGGCGCUGUGAGAACCUACCUGGUACCUACCGCUGCCUGUGCAAUGAGGGCUUUAUUCCUACUGCAGACAGCAAAGGCUGCAGCGACAUUGAUGAGUGUGAGGAUGACAGGCUGUGCGCCUACGGCCACUGCAUCAAUACAGACGGCUCCUUCCACUGCCAGUGUUACCCGGGAUACCAGCGGACACAGGAGGGCAGCCACUGUGAAGAUAUAAAUGAGUGUGAAAGGCCAUCAAAUUGUCAAAGGGGGCGCUGUAUCAAUAACAUGGGCUCAUACCAAUGUGAGUGUCAGAAGGGCUACAUGCUGGUUGGAGGCAGGAGAUGCCAAGAUAUAGACGAGUGUGCUGUAGACAGGAGUCUUUGCCAGCCGUACGGCUCAUGUGAAAACAGACCAGGCUCAUAUGUCUGCGACUGCAAUCAUGGUUAUGUCCUGUCGGAGGACAAACACAGCUGUGAGGCAGUUCGGAUUGUCGGUUGGAUGGACGAGAAAAAGGAGUGCUACCUGAACCUGGAUGAUACUGUGUUCUGCGACAGCGUCUUGGCCACCAACGUCACCAAGCAGGAGUGCUGCUGCUCCAUUGGGGUUGGAUGGGGAGAUCACUGUGAGAUUUAUCCCUGUCCUGUCUCACAUUCAGCUGAGUUCCACUCCCUGUGUCCAAAUGGUCAAGGUCUCUACUAUGAAGAAGGUCUCCAGUACAGCCUGCCAGCCUUCCAUGAUAUUGAUGAAUGUUCUUUGUUUGCUGAUGAAAUCUGCAAGAAAGGCCGCUGUGCAAACACGCUGCCAGGCUACGAGUGCUACUGCCAGCAAGGCUUCUACUAUGACAGCAACCUCCUCGAGUGCAUCGACGUGAACGAGUGUCACGACGAGUCUCUUUGUACUAACGGUCGAUGCUUCAACACAGAAGGCUCCUUCUUCUGCAGCUGUAACCCACCAUGGACUCCAGAUGCCAACAAGAAGAAAUGUGUGAUGACAACUGUAGCAGAUGUGAACGAGUGUCAGGACCCAGCCAACUGUAAGAACGGCCACUGUGUGGACACACCAGGAUCAUAUUACUGCAUCUGCUCCCCACCCUGGGCUCUGGCCACAGACCGUAACAGUUGUGUGACUCCUGAGGAGCAGGCCGAUGUGGAUGAGUGCCAGGACCCCUUGUACUGUAAGAAUGGGAGGUGUGAGAACACGCCCGGCUCCUUUCACUGUUUUUGCGACCCUCCCCUCACCUUCAGUGCAGCGCUCAAACAGUGCGUCUAUGACGAUCGCACCGCUGCCCACAGGGACGUGUGUUUCCUGCAAGUACAUGAAGGUUUGAUCUGUAGCGAGCCCAGGAAUGACAUUGUGGUCACCUACUCGGAGUGCUGCUGUCACUACGGCCGUGGCUGGGGACCCGAGUGUAACACCUGUCCCCCGAGAAACUCAGAGAUGUUCACUCGUCUGUGUGAGCUGCAUCUGGAAACUGAAUCUGAUGGGGAGCAAGAUAUACGGGCAAGUUUUGCCAACUACAACCCAGGUGACAGUUCAGAGGAGGAUUCGGAUGAAUGUACCUGUGCAAACGGCCGUUGCGUCCGCUCCUACCUGGGCACGAUGUGCGAAUGCAACCCAGGGUUUAGACUGGACCACACCCGCACCCGCUGUACAGACAUUGAUGAAUGUGCUGAACUAGGAGUUCGUCUUAGUCCGUGCAAGAACGCUCGUUGCGUGAACACCAUUGGCUCAUACAAGUGCUUCUGCAAACCCGGCUUUGUGGCUGCACGCAGGCCAAAUAUGUGUGUCCGCCGCAGAGCUCGGUAACCUCUGUGUGCCUCUUUGUUUAUCUAUGCAGCUCACACAAACGUGCACGCACAUGCUGUACAUAUACCAUGCAUCAUAAUUAAAGAAACACAAGUUUGUGCUGAGAGCCGAGUGACAGGAAUAGCUCGGGAAAUGUCCACACAUCAUCCUUCAUUUAAAAGAUCAGUCAUGACAAGCAGUGAUAGUUUUGCUUGUUGAGUGUGGGUUUGUUUGUUUGUAAUUAUUAUUUUGUUGUUGUUAAUAUUAUAAUGUGCAUUUUGUGGUAUUAUUGCCAUUGCUGCUGCAAUGAUCUUUCAGUCUUUCAUCAUUGUUUUAAGGAGGAAAUAUGUAUUUUUAAAAGUAGCACACGGAUUUACACAUUUGUCCGGUAGUUCCGUUGUUUGUAAACAUUUCAAACUUGACUUUAGAAGUCGUAAAGGUAGAACACAGAGAAUUCUAAAAUGUAAAGUUCUCUGUUACCACCAGAUAGAAAUCAGAUUUCAUCAGCGCUGAAGGAUCAUUGCUGAUUCAGUUGAGAAGGUUUGUAAUAUCUGAAAAUGUUUUGAUUAUUUCCUAAAUGGGACUUAAAUGCCAUAUCUACUCUAAAUUGCUCUACAUUAGGCUAUCAAACUGAGUAUUUCUUCUCUGUUUUUAAAUUGUCUGAAACAAGUCUUUUUAAAUAUUUAUUAAGACAUAUUCGGCCACGAUUUGCUUUAUAUGCAGAGGUGGAUUAAUGGAAUUUUACCACACGACAUCUGCAAUAUUUAUUGCUGAUUCGCAGGGGUUCAGGAAUCUUUGUAUAAAUGAUGGUGAUAGGAGUGGCUACUCUAUAAACAAGCCUGAUGCACUGCCAUCAUCUCUCAGAACAGUAGAAAGAAAAUUACCAGGCUUCUUUGCAUUUUCCUUUUUUGGGACAGAAUGGAUGCACCUUGACAAGCACACUAUAAUCAUAAACUAUGUGUUGGCCUCACCUGUUGUAAGUUGUUUUGCCUGUGUGCGCACUAUGGAUAGGUGCUGUCUGUGUCAAAGUAGAGCCUGUGGUCAGAAGACCUUUCAUACAAGCAUAAAGCAAACAUGUCCCAUCUCGCUGAUUUUGUAUUUAAUGUGUCUGUAUAUUUUUAAUCUGCAUUUGCAGAUGCACAGAUAUCAGAGCGGUUUCACCGACAUGACAACAGAUUGAUACAAAAAUUCAAUGUAAAUACGAUUGAAGUGUGAAUGUCAAAUCGAUGCUUUUGCUAGGCUGUUUUCCAAAUGCCUCUUCAAGCAUCUCCAUCUUACAUACACACAGUGUAAAAGUCCUUUUCCACUGGAUGUGAUGGAAGAUACUGACAUAUGCAUUCACAUUGGAUUAAUAUAAUCUGAAGUAAUUUUCUGUAUUCACAAUAUAAUUCACAGCUAGCAGUUGCAUGUGGGAGGUAAAUUUCCCACUUCCUGUGUUGACAUCGAAAUUAGCAUGGGUUGCACAGAUAGAGAGAGUAGAUGAGCAAUAAAUGCAAAUAGAUGCAUUAAAAAAAAUAUUAAUGAUCCUGGUAUGCUUUGUGGAGGAAAGGUAGAAUUGGUACAGAACACAUGAGACAACUAAGGAAACUGAACACCGUGACCACAAAGAAUCAGAAAGGAAACGCUGGCAAAUUGAGAAAGAAAAUGGGGACAUGAGUGACUUGUCAUCAUGUCUUUGCUUAUCUGUAAGUGUGGUGAGUUGUUUACCUUUUCUGUACACAGUAAACACAGCAACAUGGUGGAUUCUCAUAUUCACACCCUUAAUGUUCUACGUAUUUUCACUUGUCAGUACCAACUGAUAGGUGGUGCACUGAAUUGUGAAUUACAAGUAUUUGUACAGAUCAUUAUCCACGAGGUUGUUUACAAAAGUUGCCAGAUUUGUAACUGACAUGAACAGUCACUGAGAAUCUUUGGUAAUAAUUGCAUUACUCCACCUCCCCAUAUGAAUCUUAUCCCAUUCCAACAGGGCUGGACACUGCACUAAAAACCUUGAAAUUUGACAGCAUUGGCCGUAAAAUUUCUAUUUAAGUUUGCGUUGAUGUGGAUUUUUUUAAAGUAACCAAGAUAAUUUUGUUGUACAGUUUGUUCAGUGAAGUAAUGUGUUCUGAAAGAUUGAUGCCUGUGUUUCAGCUUGUUGGAUAUUAUUAAAAACCCAAAUAAGUUGACAUGCUCACCUAAGUGGACUUUAAGUUAGAUUAAAAAGGUCACACACUUAGCAGUGAAUAUAGCAGCAAUAUUUGAUAAAUGUAGCAUUUCCAGAAAAUCAACAGCAUUCAGCGUCUAUUACCCUAACUGCUGCAAUCAAGUAUUUACAAAACCAAAGAUGCUGUUGAGAAAAAGAUUUUAAUAAUAAAUUUUUUUUAAAGAUG